AUGAAGCGUUCACCUGCAUCAACGACCAUCGGUAGUGCCAGUGCCGGCAAACGACAGAGACUAUUGGAGCAGGAUGAGGAAUUACCUGCUAAGUACAGAUUCAAAUCGUUGUUUGUUGUAAUGGAUGAACUCAGUGCUCACUUGUCAAUGACGAAAAGUGAUUCAGCUACAAAAUAUGCAGGUAUUGUUGCAGCCGGCUUUGAUUCAGCUGCUGUAUCGAAUGAAACAAAGAAAACUGGUCGUGUUCGUGGUGGCCAUUCUUUUCAAAAACAGAGGAAAGACAAAUAUGAUUGGAUAUUAUACGACGAGAAGUGUGGAUGGAUAUUCACCACGGUGAGAAGGACGUCCGACGAUGGCAGAUGGGAGCUGGCUUGCACAGGGUGCGACGCGCUGCCCCCUGGGCAGGAGUUGCCCGUCCCGCUGGAGAUCGACUGUGUAGAGGGAAGAGUGCGUCAGCGAGUCAAGGUGCGCUGCCCAUUAGGCAGCGGGAGUAGCCGGGCGGCUGUGGCUGCGACCGACGUGGUGGGGGCCGCUUCUCUUAAGCGCGCCGGAGUCCCGCAGCCGGCAGUGAGGUCUGCUCCGCAGCCGCCGCCGCCUUCGCCGAAGCUCGCAGCGCACCGCACAAUGGCCGCCAAGGUUUUGUUGCUGGGGAGCGUGGUGGCGCUGGCCGCGGCGUCGCUGCGGCCCACCAACCCAGACCAGCUGCACGAGCUGCUGCUGUGGGCGCAGCGGGUCCAGUCCGCUGGGGCGCAUUCUGGCGCGGGCCUGCACGACAAGCCGAGCCACCUGGGAAAGCCUUCGCACACCCAGCAGAGCGAGCGGCCAGCAGUGGCCAUGAGCCCGCCGCCGCCGCCGCCGCAGCCCCAGCCGCAGGUGUGGUCGCCGCCGCCCGUCGCGGACUCCGUGCUGGAGCUGCUGCGGCCCGGGCUGCCCGCUUACGAGGAGUACGACCGCAACCAGCGCUUCUCGCACUCCUUCCUGCACGGGUACCGACACACCUGACGGCGCCACGCUGUAACUGUAACACAAUAAAGCUCGUCACACUCACCAAA